AUGCUGCAGAAGUGGCUCAACGUGAAGCGUUUGCUGCUGCAGCGCAGCUCCUCAGCAGCAGCAGCAGCAGCAGCAGCAGCAGCAGCAGCAGCCGGUACUGCUGCCUUUCGGUUGGUGCGGCGGUGUCAGUACCUUAUGCUGCAGAAGUGGCUCAACGUCAAGCGUUUGCUGCUGCAGCGCAGCUCCUCAGCAGCAGCAGCAGCAGCAGCAGCAGCAGCAGCAGCAGCAGCAGCAGGAGGAGCAGCAGCAGAGUAUCUACCCGAAAGACUCAUCGCUGAAUGGGUAAGACAAAGCCUCGUUCUCUCUCACCACAGACAGGUGCUGCUGCUGGUGCAGCAGAACGCCAACAGCUUAGUACGUUGUCAGGCUCUAGCGCGGCAGCAGCAGCAGCAGCAGCAGCAGCAGCAGCAGCAGCAGCAGAUUGCUAUGCAGGAUGCUGGAAAAGGAAAACAAAUCCACAAAGAUCGGGCAGCAGCAACUGACCCUGCUGCUGCUGCUGCUGCUGCUGCUGCAGCAGCAGCAGCAGCAGCAGGAAACGUCACCAGUACACAGCCCCAGUGGAUGCAUGCACUCAAACAUAAACCCCACACAGACAAAGACAGAGGCGGACGCUCGCAGCAGCAGCAGCAGCAGCAGCAGCAGCUGCAGCAGCAGCAGCAAGCUGUACAUGUACAGUAA